GCAAUAUCAGUGGACAUCGGCACCAUCCCAGCCCGCAGUCAAAGCGGCCAUGCGACGGACAGCAAGAUCGGGUGCGUUGUUCAAGAGGCUGAAUACAGCAUCUUUGGUCUGAUUACAACAUGCUCAAGAACUGUAUGAAACUUGUUCUUACGCAUGUCUCCCGAUAUCCCCAAACCCCUACGUGACUGGUAGGCCUAACCCCCCAAACACUCUACCCCCCAAACACUCGUGUUGAACCAGCUGUGGCAAAGGGGCAGAAUGCAUAUUAUGCGAUAUUCAUGUGGCUAUGCAGUCACGUGCUUUUCCGAUCACUCCAUUGCGCUAGUGUGAGAUGUGCGUAUGACACUUUUAGUAAAUAGAAAGGCAAGCCCAGCUGAUGACUUUCAAAUGGGUUUCGUUGUUUCAGAAAAGGUGCAGAUUGAGUGAAAAUGGGCCACAAGCAGAUGGAAGGCUGUGUAGGUCCAAAUGACCGACUGAGGGGAGAUUUUGUGUUGAUUUUCGACACCAACUUCACGGCUGAGCAAGCACACUUUUGUCUUUAUAAACGGAGGGCGCAAAACGCAACCGAAAUGGACGUUGUUUUUUUUAUCCAGAUUUCUUGUUCAUUUCACAUGGCCUCUUUGGGGGUGAGCUUUAUUAGAACUAGCUGACAGUCUUCGUUCGAAACUGUUUUUUAUCAACAUUCCAUCACUAUGCACCCGUACACGACGCUGGCACUCGCCGUGUGCGGCACUCUCCUCCUUCCUACCACCCCAACUGUAGCUCAACAGUUACUUCCCCCAUGGGCCUUGGGUGAUAGUACAACAAGAUGUUAUACUGCCCCAAAAAACUGGACGCUUCCAGGCGAAGCGAUCGACGUCAAGGGGAUCACUGUCAACCUUUUGAACCUCCCUCCCACUAUCACCGCCGAGCAGCCCCUUUCACCACCACCCGCCAUCCAAGUCCAUCUGGACCCAAUCUUUAAUACGUACCCCAACAACUUGGCUCUCAUGACCCCUAUGCCCAAUUCAACGGAUUUUCAAACAUUGUGCUGGAACCGCCUUCCGUUGAAUGGCACGACCGCCUGCCCCGACAAAGGGUCCGAUGAGACAAACUGUUGCAUCCCUCAUGUCCAAUUCCAUGCAUGUCGGCAAGAUGUGGAUCCAGCAUGUGAACCGUGGGCUUUUAGAAAUAUGACCGGAGUCCGACCCGCCGAUAUGGUCUUCACCGCAGCGCGCUCCAGGCAGGGGUACCCAGAAACAAACUAUGAAUUCUCAGACUGGACACUUCCCAAUGUCGAGACGUGGAUCGUAUUGGCUCACGUCAAGGUAUUGAACAUCCAAUGUGCUUCGGGUACGAUUGUCAAAGUCAAGGCUGCCCCAUCUGUACCCGGUACACCUCUUCCCACCUCCGCAUCCGAGUCGUCGUCAUCGUCGUUCCCCACUUGGGGGAUUGCUGUAUCGGUCGUGGGGGGUGUAGCACUCUUGGCAGCGUCCUUUGCGGGUGUCUAUGUGUUCGGACGGUAUCGUCAUAAAAAAUCAAAAGACAUGACUCAUGUUCCAGUGCUUUCAAAAGAUGAGCCAAACUUUCAUGAUGUUAUUUCUGUUCCUGUUGGGAGGUCGACGAGUCCCCUCCCACUUGCGAUUCAACAACAACAACAACGACAACAACAAGCGUACCUACAGCACCGCCUUUCACAACUACAACCACAACAACAACCACUGUCACCAUUCGGUCCAACGACGAGCUUGUUGACAACCGUACCCGCCACAACCGCACACGACUUUCGCGAUUCCAUCAUAUCCAUGUCGAAUCACAUGAGUCUCCCACAGGGUACACCCGUUUCAACCAUUGUGGUCCCAGCUGUACCCGCUGGCAUGUACCCGGGUCCCCCAGCUUCACCCGCACCCGGAGACGGCGUCGCACCAGGACUGUACAUUGCAAAAGUGGAUUACACACCCGCAAAUCCGGAUGAAUUGUUGGUUAGAGUCGGUCAGGCGGUGCAGAUUCAGGGUGCUGGGCAAGAUGCUGGAUGGGCUGUUGGUGAAAACUUGGCUACGAAACAACAUGGAUGCGUUCCAUUAGUUGUCUUGCAGCCUGUAUCUACCGUCCAGCUGUAAUUAAAAGUGUUUGUUGGCUGCCAUAGAAAUUGCAUUUUACUUGGGGAUAAAACUAUAAUUUGUGAUGUGUAAAAAUAACAAGUUUGUGUAUGUAGAAUUGACUAGCAAUAGGAUGUCCUUGUCGAUCGUUUUUAGGCAGGG